AAUUUGGAUGAAAAAUACAUUUCUGAAACCGAAUUGCACAUCUACAAGACAGAUCUUAUCAUAUUUCAAUAGGUUUUGAUUAUAAGACAUUGACCAUUAUGGGAGAUUUCAACAACCCUUACACUGUACGUCAAUGUUCAAAGUGCCAAGAAAAUACGGAGUACUUUUGUGAAUCGUGUUUGAACUGUAUUCCAAAACACCAAGAAAUCUGCUAUACACAUCAUAACAAUGUAAUUGGAGAAUGCUGCAAACCAUGCAAUCAAAUUAGAAAAACCAUGAAUAUUAUUAAAACGGAAGUUAUCUUUCACAGACGCGCUCUCCUUGCAGAAACUAAAUCUGAUAUCAAAAAUUGUAAAACAUUAUUUUCCCUCUUUCAAUCAGACACAAUAAAGAAAUCUGAAAAACUAAAGAAUCUAGUUGAAUCAAAUCUUUGUGACAUUAUAAUCAAACACAGAUGUUUUAAUCAAAACAUAAGAAUGAAUAAACUUCUUCACAUCAUACAAAGCUAUGAACAAUUAUAUGAACAGUCAGCAAUGACACCAGUACAAUUUUUAUUGUCCAGGAACAAAAACCGAUUUAACAAAUUAAAGACCAUUCAUCAUCUUAGACAGCACUCGCUGCUCCUCAUGUCGAAGUCACCUUGCAAGAAGGCUUUGACGGAUACACUGGUUGAAUUUCAAUUCAAAGAGGGAGGGAAAAGAUGCCUACAAAAGGAUGCUCUGCUAAAUCAUACUUUCAAAAUCACAGAUGCGGAUGUCUGUAAACAUAUUUCCUGUGUUUCAUCCGACAAAACCUGUGUCAGUGAUUAUUACAACAAUCUGGUUUUGAUACAUUCAGCCGGGGAAACUAUACAUAAACUAAAAAAUGAAAAGAAUGAUUUUUUACUUGGAUUUCACACAGCGGGUUGUAAAAGAGAUAUAUUUUUCAUAGAUAAGGAUUUUAAUAUCAUGAAAUGGUCAUACGAAAUGAACGCAACUACCAUAGUUAUUAACAAAACAGACAUUAACCUAAGUUGGAGACCAGAGUGUGUCAAUUGGUCUGCAUCCACUGAAACUUUAUUGGUCGGGAUGCACAACAAGUAUACCAUGACAGGAAAGGUUACCUUGUACGACCGUACCGGUACAUUAACAAAAAUUAUCACGCCGGGAUGGUUUAAAAAACCUGGUUGUAUUAUACAGAAUAACAAUGGGGAUGUCGUAGUAUCUGACAUUGGAUUGCCGGGUGCUGUAGUGGGGACUGGACAUGGGGGAAGACAUCGUUUUUCCUAUAGAGGGCGUCUAUCGGGGUUAAACUUUUUACCACGUGGAAUAUGUGCUGACGCUCUAUGUAAUAUUCUUAUCUGUGAUGAAGAGACCCACACGGUACAAAUGAUAGAUAUGAACGGACAGUUUUUGUUGCAUUUGCUGAAAAGACCAUCGGGAAUCUUAGCACCAUAUAGCUUGACUUACAAUAUGCAUACUCGCCUCCUUUGGGUUGGAUCAAUGAACAACAACAGGGUAUGUGUCUACAGGUUUAUCACCAAUCUAGACGACCUGACCGAGAAAGGAACACCACAAAAGAAGGAACAGCGACGAACAAAUCACGAAAAAUAUGUGUCAACUUUUGAGCUCCAUUUAUCUUUCAAACUAAAAGAUAUCCGUAAUUGCCAUCACAUUUCAUAUGUGACAUCAAAAUCGGUCUGGGUCAGUAAUAAUAAAUCAAAUCUCAUCUUAACAAAUGUAUACGGUGAAGCUGAAAAAAAUCUUAAAGAUGUCUAUAGUGGAUAUUACAUUGGUUAUGGAUUACACACAGUGAACCGUGAAAAAGAACUGUUUUAUAUAGAUAAGAAUCAUAAUAUCUGGAAAGAACCAUUGGCUCAGAACACAACUAGCUUUGUGUUUAUAAAGAAUACUGACCCUGAAUGGCGACCACAAUGUGUGCAUUGUUCCUUGAUCACUGGGGAUCUACUGGUUGGGAUGUAUCACGUUCACACAAGUACAGGUGAUGUAACCCGAUACAACAAUUCUGGACAACGUAUACUUACCGCACAACACGAUAACACAGGGCUGGAGAUAUAUCGAUAUCCUAACUAUGUGAUAGAGAAUAACAAUGGGGAUGUGGUGGUGUCUGACCUAAACGCUGUCGUGGUGACAGAUCGUGGAGGAAAAUAUCUGUUCACCUAUACAGGCCAUCCACCAGGAUCAGGACUAAAGCCACGCGGAAUAUGUACUGACACCAAUUCACACAUCCUUGUGUGUGAUAGAAGAACAAGCUCAAUUGAGAUCAUUGAUAAAGAAGGUCAGUUUCUGACACAUCUCCUGGAAGACAGAGUGAAUAUACCACACAGCCUGUGUUAUGAUGUCAACAAUCACAAUCUUUGGGUGGGAUAUGAGAAUACAAAUGAGAUGUGUGUAUACAGAUAUAAUCUCCAAAAAGCCGCUUUAGAUGACGCCCACCCUCCGAGGGAGACAGUCCGUCUGUUGUAUACAAGGGUUUCUAACAUGGACACAGACUUUGACUGAUGAUAGUGAAACCCUUUGUUAUGUGUGGGCCCAAAAAAAAUCACAUGUAAAUUAUCAAUGCAAGGAUUUUUUCACAUUUUUCUGUUUAACACAUACAUGUAUAAAUGUACUAACGGUGUACAUGUAGUAUCUUUAUUUUAAAAAAAACUUGUGUGUAUAUAUCGUAUACGUUUUUUUCAACAUAUGUUGAUUUUUUUCCUUUUUUCUGAUUAACUAAUAUACAUAUACAGUGUACAUUUUUAGUUUAUAAAAACCUGAUUUAUAUUCUAAAUCUGUUUUCACCAUAUGCUAUUUUCUGAUAUGAUAUUAUAUACUUGUUUAUAAGGAAUCAAUAAAUGUUAAAAAAAAAAAAAUCCAGCAGUGCGUGCUUGUAAAUUGCUGUUUUUGGUUUUGAAAUAAAGUUUUAUUCUCGUCGUAAUGUUAUAUUUUCAUCAUGUUAGAAAUGGUCUUUUAUCACAAUCAGUUAAAUAUUAGUUCCUUUGUUUACUUCCUUUUAGCUAACCGGAGCUGAAAGCUCAUGUGAGCUUUUCAGAUCAUUUUUUUGUAUGGCAUCUGUCUGUCAACAUUCACAUUUUCAACCUCUUCCCUAGAACCACUGGGCUAAUUGCAACCAAACUUGGCACAAAGAAACCUGGUGUAAAUGGCUUUCAAAUAUGUUCGAAUGAAGGGCUAAGUCCCAUCCAAAAGGGGAAUGAUUUAUAUUUUAUGUAUCAUAUUUUUAAUAAAUCUUCUCAAUAAACAUUUGGUUCGAAAAGCUGAUCCUCAGGUCAUGUAGAUUCAAGUUUGUUCAAAUCUUGUUCCCAGGGAACAAGGUUGAGCCACAAUUGUAUAAUAUAUAAAUAAUAUAUAAAGACAAAUCUCCCAAAAACUUUUUUUUCCAAAACCUGGCAAGCUGUAAUUUGUGUUGAAGUUUGAUUAAAUCAGGAUGCGAAAGGUUAGGGAGAGGCACCAUAUGAGGGGAGGGGGCAAUUUUUACAUAAGAAUAUAUUGAGAAAAAAUCUUUAAAAAUCUUUUUCUUUAUAAUUUCGUUUCUCAAAAGCCAUGCUGUGACUUAUGUGGAAGAAUUAUCAUAUGAACAUAGAAAAUAACCGAUUAAGGAAAAACUAGUGUGUAGUUGAACAUAUAUAAAUUAUAAUAAUGUUGUGCAUGUACCUGGGUUCAAUUUGUUCAUGUACCAAAGAUUAGAACUAAUGUUAAUGUAGUGGCUUCGAAAGCAAAUUAAAAGUGAAGAGGAGGGGGCUAGACUAAUCCUCUGAAAUCUUAGCAAGCAAAAACAAAGAAUCCUAAUUCCCAAAAUCA